AUGGCCGUGUGUCAGACGAUAGAACUAGAUCAAGGCCGUGAGCUUAAAGUUUCUAUUCCGCCUGGCACCGUCAAUGGUUCGGUCAUGCGCUAUGAGGGCAUGGGACUUGAAGAGCCAGGGGCUUCCAGACCGGGGCCACUGUUGGUUACUGUGAGGUUUGGUCCUCAAGACGGGUUCACCUUGUGUUCUGAGGGCUCUGGUGACCUCCAUUAUGAUGAGGAUGUCUGUGUUUGGGACUGCCUUCUCGGUGUGAAUGUGGAAGUCCGUGACCUGCUAUCGGGGGCAAUUCUGAGGCUUCCGAUAGAUGAAGUGGUGACGGCCACUACCACUAGAAGAUUCUUAGGCAAAGGCGCACCUCGACAGGAUGGAGGUGUUGGCGAUUUGGUCAUUCAUUUUAACAUUAAAUUCCCUGAAGUGAUAAAUGAAAGCCAAAGAGAACUUAUUAUGCAAUUGAAGUCUUUGGACUAA